AUGGUCCCCUUGACUCACACGCUGGCACUGCUGGCAAUGAGUGUGGCCACUGCGGCCAUCAAGGUGGUGCCCCUGGACAUGGCCCAGAACUCCUUUGAUGACCAGUACCUCAACUGUGGCCCUGCCAUGACUGAGGCCUUGCCAGCCCUCAAUGUUUCCGAGUUCCAGGAGAACAAGGAGUUUUCCCAGGCCUGGGUGAAGGCCACGGCCGAGUGGCAGAAGCGGGGCUCCUCUUCAUCCCCUCUGACCAAUGACCAGGCCAUUGCCCUCAUGGCCUACACAAUGGGGGAUGUGCACAAGCAGCUCAACCCGGCCAUGCGCGAGGCUGGGCGCUCCCGCAAAGAAUACCGGGACAACUUCCACUUCAAAACACUGCAUUUCCUGCUGACCCAGGCCCUCCAGAAGCUGAGAUGCCCUCAUGAGUGUCAAGAUGUGUUCCGUGGGGUGAGGACAGUCCAGUUCAAUGUGACACCUGGUGAUAAAGUCCGCUUUGGUCAAUUUGCUUCAUCGUCUCUGGACAAAACGGUGGCCCAGGGUUAUGGGAACGUCACAAUGUUUGAGGUGUACACGUGCCAUGGAGCAGAUAUCCAGAAGUUCUCCUUUAAUCAAAGUGAGAAGGAGGUGCUGAUCCCACCCUUUGAGACCUUUGAAGUCACCAAAGUCACCAGGGAAGGGAAGAAGGUGCAGAUUGUGCUUCGCUCCACCGGGAACUCCAGCAACUACAACUGCGAGUGGCUGCGAGGUGACAUCAUGGGAACAACCUGGGGGGAUGGGGACACUCAGUGA